UGCAGCCGGGACCCGGCGGCGGCGGCCACGGCGCGGAGCGGGCGGCCGAGCCAUGGCGGGCUGCUGCGCCGUGCUCCGGGCCUUCCUGUUCGAGUACGACACGCCGCGCAUCGUGCUCAUCCGCAGCCGUAAAGUGGGGCUCAUGAACCGCGUGGUGCAGCUGCUCAUCCUGGCCUACGUCAUCGGGUGGGUGUUUGUGUGGGAAAGGGGCUACCAAGAAACAGAUUCAGUAGUCAGCUCGGUGACAACCAAAGCCAAAGGGGUGGCUGUGACCAACACUUCCGAGCUUGGAUUCCGGAUCUGGGAUGUGGCGGACUAUGUGAUCCCAGCUCAGGAGGAGAACUCCCUCUUCAUCAUGACCAACAUGAUCAUCACCGUGAACCAGACACAGAGCACCUGUCCAGAGAUUCCCGAUAAGACCACCAUUUGUAAUUCAGACUCCAACUGCACCAUUGGCUCCACAGGCACCCACAGCAAUGGAGUUGGGACUGGAAAGUGUGUUCCGUUCAAUGAGUCUGUGAAGACCUGUGAGGUGGCAGCAUGGUGCCCAGUGGAGGACGAUGCCGGUGUGCCAACGCCAGCUCUGUUAAAGGCUGCCGAAAACUUCACCCUGCUGGUAAAGAACAACAUCUGGUACCCCAAGUUUAAUUUCAGCAAGAGGAACAUCCUCCCCAACAUCACCACCUCCUACCUCAAAUCCUGCAUUUACGACGCUCACACGGAUCCCUUCUGCCCCAUAUUCCGCCUUGGCAAAAUCGUGGCGGAUGCGGGGCACAGCUUCCAGGAUAUGGCAGUUGAGGGAGGCAUCAUGGGCAUCCAGGUGAAAUGGGACUGCAACCUUGACAGAGCUGCCUCUCUCUGCCUGCCCAGAUAUUCCUUCCGGCGCCUCGACACCCGGGACCUGGAGCACAAUGUGUCUCCCGGCUACAAUUUCAGGUUUGCCAAGUACUUCAGAGACCUUGCUGGCAAAGAGCAGCGCACGCUCAUCAAGGCAUACGGCAUCCGCUUUGACAUCAUUGUGUUUGGAAAGGCUGGAAAGUUUGACAUCAUCCCUACCAUGAUCAACGUUGGCUCUGGCUUGGCGCUGCUGGGGGUGGCGACGGUGCUGUGUGAUGUCAUAGUCCUCUACUGCAUGAAGAAAAGAUAUUACUACCGGGACAAGAAAUACAAGUAUGUGGAAGACUACGAGCAGGGUCUCUCUGGUGAGAUGGACCAGUGAUGUCUAACCCUACACGUCAAGCCCACACAGCCCUCAGCGAAGCAGUGAGAUGGGAGAAAUGGCUGCUCCAUCCCUCUAGAGAAAGUUCCAGUUUCUGCUCCACAAAUACUCAGGGUUACCCAGCAGGUCUUGAUUGUUCUGUUGUUUUUGAGCCUGGGUCUUGCUCCGCAGCUCCGACAGGCUCCAGAUUCAAGAUCCUCCUGCUUCUGCCUCCAGGAGUGCUGGAAUUACAGAUGUCCAUCACUGCACUCAUCUCCCGUGGGGACUCUGGCAUUGUUACCUUGGGCGUUGUACAGCUCCACUGUGCACAGCUCAGGCUGGCCUCAGACUCCAGACAUUCUUCCAGCCUACACAGCCGUUAAAGCUCGCUUUAUGUGUGGUUCCUUUGCUCAGUACACACAGUGGAUCCCUGGCGUGCUGUUGGUUGGGGCACCUGUUGUUUGUACAGCGUGAGCACAUUGGGGCAGGAAGAUAGACAGUCGGAGAGCAGACACUGCUCUGGCUGAUGGGAUUGCCGUCUUCUCCAGGGCUGCCAGGGCUGGCUUCCCCAGGAAGUUCCAGUCUCUAGAGCCUCUGCGGCACAGCAGCUCUGUCCAAGCACUUUAUAAGGAAGGAGCUUCUCCCAGGUACCCUCAGCACCUGGGACACUGUCCCUCUUCCCUGUGACCAGGAACUUUGUCCUUGUAACAGAGGCAGGGUUAGCAUUUCCUUUCAGAAGGGCUAUAUUGAAAUGACCAAGGACCAAACAUUAAAAGAAAUGAUUUUUUUAA